GGCGUUCAGGCGGACGCAGGAUGUGGGCCUUGCGGGCCGCCGUCCGCCAGGGGGCUGCGCUCUCUCGCGUGGUUCGCGGCCGGCCGGCUUUGAGGGUCGCGCCGCCGCCGCUGCGUCCCUGUCCCGGUCGUGCGCUCGCUGCCCUCAGUCCGGGCGAUCCGGGGGGCCUGCAGGGGAGACGGGGCGGUAGCCGGGGUCCCCCUGCGGAUGGCCCGAGCAGCGAAGCCGGAGCAGCGAAGGAGGAGGAGGGGCCUGAAGAUGCAGAGAACGAGGACGAGGAGGAGGAACUGCUGCGGAGCGAGCCCUUGCUGCCGGCAGGGGCCCAGCGCGUGUGCCUGGUUCACCCCGAGGUCAAGUGGGGACCCGGGAAGCCGCAGCUGACGAAAGCCGAGUGGCAGGUGGCGGAGGCGAGAGCCCUGGUCCACACGCUGGACCACUGGUCGGUGGUGGAGACGAUGGUGGUGCCGACCAAAACGCCCGACAGGAAGCUCAUCUUUGGCAAAGGGACCUUGGAGCACCUGACAGAGAAGAUCAGAGGGUUGCCAGAAGUCACGGCCGUCUUCCUGAACGUGGAGAGGAUGUCUGUGUCCACCAAGAAAGAACUGGAGGCUGCCUGGGGCGUGCAGGUGUUUGACCGAUUCACUGUGGUUCUGCACAUUUUCCGCUGCAACGCCCGGACCAAGGAGGCACGGCUGCAGGUGGCCCUGGCCGAGCUCCCCCUGCUCAGGUCCAACCUGAAGAGCGUGGUAGCGCGCCCGGACGGACGUGGAGGGACCUCUCGCUACAUCAUGGGGUCAGGAGAGUCAUUCAUGCAGGUGCGACAGCGCCUCCUGAAGGAGAAGGAGAUGAAGAUCCGGCAGGCCCUGGAGAGGCUGCGCAGGAAGAGGCAGCUCCUGGGGCAGCAGCGGCAGCGGCGGGAGUUCCCGGUGGUCUCCGUGGUGGGAUACACCAACAGUGGGAAGACCACGCUGAUCAAGGCUCUGACGGGAGACGCCGCCGCGCAGCCCCGCGACCAGCUGUUCGCGACGCUGGACGUCACGGCGCACGCGGGGUGGCUGCCCUGCCGCAUGGCCGUGCUCUACAUGGACACCAUCGGCUUCCUGUCGCAGCUGCCCCACGGCCUCAUCGAGUCCUUCUCCGCCACCCUGGAGGACGUGGCCCGCUCGGACGUCAUCGUGCACGUGAGAGACGUGAGCCACCCUGAGUCCGAGCUGCAGAAAGCCAGCGUGCUCUCGGCCCUGCGCGGUCUGCACCUGCCUGCCCCGCUGCUGGACUCCGCGCUGGAGGUCCACAACAAGGUGGACCUGGUGCCCGGGUACAGCCCAUCGGAACCGGGUGCCCUGGCCGUGUCCGCCCACCUGGGUCUGGGGCUGGAGCAGCUGAAGGCCGCGCUGGAAGAUGCAGUGCUGAGAGCGACAGGCAGGCGGGUCCUGACCCUGCGCGUCCGCCUGGCAGGGCCGCAGCUGAGCUGGCUGCACCAGGAGGCCACGGUGCAGGACGUGCAGGUGGUCCCCGAGGCCGGCGUGGCUGACGUCACGGCCAUCAUCAGCAACUCCGCCUACGGCAGAUUCCGGAAGCUCUUCCCGGAGUGAACUGGCGGCCUUGACUGGGACCGUCCUCUGCGCCGGGGGUCCCGCGUGGCGGUGGCGGCUGCACGUCGGAGGUCAGGUGGGGCAGACUCAGUGCUGCCACGUCGGUGGGCCGGGUUCAUUCCCGGAAGUUUCCGCUGCAGGACUCGAACCCUCAGUUCCCCAGUCCUACUCCAGCCUCCACCCAGAGGAAACCCGGCACCGGGCCGGCAACCAGGAAGGUGCUUCAUGGAGCCAAACUGCCGCAGAGACGGCCGCUGCUGAGCGCAGAGGGUCCGAGACAGAGGCCGGGUGGAGAGCUGGCCGGGGGUCCUGCAGCUCCCAUGGAGACGGGCGUGCCUCUCACAGCCCCGACGGAGCCUCCAGCAGCCUCCAGACGGAGUGCUGAGCGCAGGGCGUCCAUCUGCACCUCUGUCAUCACGUGGGAAGUCUCCGUGCGGUCUUCCCUGGGACUGGUCCUGGCCACCCCGCCCGAGCGCUGUGUCUCCGUGGCCCAGGACGCCGGCGUUCGGGGCUGAUGGGGAGGCGGCCUCUGCCCUGGGCUGGGCUGCAGGCCCCUGACCCGGACUGGACCCAGUGCAGCGCCGGCCUCGUCUCCUGAGACUCCGGGACCCACAUGCCUUGGACACGCCCCAUCACUCCAGCCACUUGCCCACCCGCCUGCCGCCCGCACCCUGGGCUUCCCACACCUGCUGCCGACUGUGGCCAUCCACAGCUCCAGACGCAGAGAAUAAAUAAGUGAGGCC